AUGGAUUUAGAGACAUUGUUGAAACUAUGGCCUAUAACAACGUUCUACCUUAUCUUUGCCCUAAUUGGGGGCACACUCGCUAUCAUUGGAGGAUACGUUUUCAGAUGGUCCGCACCAAAGACUAAAUUCGCAAUGACCAGCGUAAUAUUUAACAACGUCACCAGCAUGUCUAUAGCUCUUUUACUGAGUAUUGGCAAGACCGAUGCGAUCAUGCUCUUGACGCACGAUAAGAGAGAACUACCAGAAGAAAUAGUCUCGCGCGGUGUAUCCUAUUUACUAAUAGCCAACCUCAUGGGCAAUUUAGGAAGAUGGAGUUUGGGCACUUGGCUUUUGAAGAAAGAGGACGGUAGUGAUGACGAAGAAAUCAUCAUCAUUGAGCACCCUACCCACGAAACUCUGCCCAACUCGAGCUAUAUCAUAUCGACUGUUUCCCCGUAUGACAGCACUUUGCACAAACCAACCGUACAAACAACAGAAUCGACUGCUCUCUUAUAUCGACGCAACACCACAAGACGUAAUCGAUCCACGGGGCUGCUGUCAAAAAUUUGGAAGCCGAUCAGUGAUAUUUCUAAUCCACCUCUCAUCGCAGCACUGGUGGCGCUUAUAGUCUGCGUUAAUCCAACAUUAAAGUAUAUCAUCUUUAGCAGACAUUCUUUUAUACACAACAGCAUCACCACGACAGUGGCUAGUCUAGGAAAGAUGACCAUCCCCCUGACACUUCUCACUCUUGGAGCCCAACUUCACAAUCUAUCAGGCGGCAAACAUAGCGGGAUGACAUCAGUGUACACAUAUGUGAUGUCCAGCAGCGGGCCAAGUGCGGUCAAUUGUAUCAAUAUCUGUCAGUUAACGAAUACGUUUGAGGAGGAGAUGGCGGCAUUGUUGAUGUAUUCGUAUAGCGCUGCUGCUCCCCUGAUGACUAUGACGGUUAUGGGACUUUUGUUGAUUAUUGUCAAUAUCUAUAAUGAAACAGGUCUAUGA